AGAGACACAGCGAACGGCGGGCGCGGCGGGGCCGCAUCUGCACCGGCCCCGGCGGCCUCUGCGGGGCCGCGAACAAAGAGGAGGAGCCGAGGCGCGAGAGCAAAGUCUGAAAUGGAUGUUACAUGAAUCAUUUUAAGAGCUGCAUACAACUAUGAACAUUUCUGAAACCCUUUUCUCAGUAAAGUAGAUCAAGAUGGAUGAAUCUGCCUUGUUGGAUCUUUUGGAGUGUCCUGUGUGUCUAGAACGCCUGGAUGCUUCUGCAAAAGUCUUGCCUUGCCAGCACACGUUUUGCAAACGGUGUUUGCUGGGGAUAGUAGGUUCCCGGAAUGAACUCAGAUGUCCCGAGUGCAGGACUCUUGUUGGCUCUGGUGUUGAGGAGCUUCCCAGUAACAUCCUGCUGGUCAGACUUCUGGAUGGCAUCAAGCAGAGGCCUUGGAAACCUAGCCCUAGUGGGGGCAGUGGGACCAACUGCACAAACGCAUUAAGGGCUCAGGGCAGCACUGUGGCUAAUUGUAGCGCAAAAGAUCUGCAGAGCUCCCAGUGUGGACAGCAGCCUCGGGUGCAAGCCUGGAGCCCCCCAGUGAGGGGUAUACCUCAGUUACCAUGUGCCAAAGCAUUAUAUAACUACGAAGGAAAGGAGCCUGGAGACCUUAAAUUCAGCAAAGGUGACAUCAUCAUUUUGCGACGACAAGUUGAUGAAAACUGGUACCAUGGGGAAGUCAACGGAAUCCAUGGCUUUUUCCCCACCAACUUUGUGCAGAUUAUUAAACCAUUACCUCAGCCCCCACCUCAGUGCAAAGCACUUUAUGACUUUGAAGUGAAAGACAAGGAAGCGGACAAAGAUUGCCUUCCAUUUGCAAAGGAUGAUGUUCUGACUGUGAUCCGCAGAGUGGAUGAAAACUGGGCUGAAGGAAUGUUGGCAGACAAAAUAGGAAUAUUUCCGAUUUCCUACGUUGAGUUUAACUCGGCUGCUAAGCAGCUGAUAGAGUGGGACAAGCCUCCCAUGCCAGGAGUUGAUGCUGGAGAAUGUACCUCAGCAGCAGCCCAGAGCAGCACUGCCCCAAAGCACUCUGACACCAAGAAGAACACCAAAAAGCGGCACUCCUUCACUUCCCUCACCAUGGCAAACAAGUCCUCCCAGGCCGCCCAGAACCGCCACUCCAUGGAGAUCAGCCCUCCUGUGCUCAUCAGCUCCAGCAACCCCACAGCUGCCGCGAGGAUCAGCGAACUGUCUGGGCUCUCCUGCAGUGCCCCCUCUCAGGUUCAUAUAAGUACCACCGGGUUAAUUGUGACCCCACCCCCAAGCAGCCCAGUGACAACUGGCCCCUCAUUCACUUUCCCAUCAGAUGUCCCCUACCCAGCUGCCCUUGGAACCAUGAAUCCUCCCCUUCCACCACCCCCUCUCCUGGCUGCCACUGUCCUCGCCUCCACACCACCAGGCGCUACUGCUGCUGUUGCUGCUGCUGCUGCUGCUGCCGCCGCUGCUGCUGGAAUGGGACCCAGGCCUGUGGCAGGAUCCACUGACCAGAUUGCACAUUUACGGCCUCAGACUCGCCCAAGUGUGUAUGUGGCUAUCUACCCAUACACUCCCCGGAAAGAGGAUGAACUAGAACUGAGAAAAGGGGAGAUGUUUUUAGUGUUUGAGCGUUGCCAGGAUGGCUGGUUCAAAGGGACAUCAAUGCAUACUAGCAAGAUCGGGGUUUUCCCUGGCAAUUACGUGGCACCCAUCACGAGGGCGGUGACAAAUGCUUCCCAGGCUAAAGUCCCUAUGUCUACUGCGGGUCAGACAAGUCGAGGGGUGACCAUGGUCAGUCCCUCCACUGCAGGAGGGCCUGUCCAGAAGCUCCAGGGAAAUGGUGUGGCUGGGACACCCAGUGUCGUCCCCACGGCUGUGGUAUCAGCAGCUCACAUCCAGACAAGUCCUCAGACGAAGGUCCUGUUGCACAUGACUGGGCAAAUGACAGUCAACCAGGCCCGCAACGCAGUGAGGACAGUUGCAGCACAUAACCAAGAACGUCCCACGGCAGCGGUGACGCCCAUCCAGGUACAGAAUGCCGCCUGCCUUGGGCCUUCAUCUGUGGGCCUGCCCCACCAUUCACUGGCCUCCCCGCAGCCUCUGCCUCCAAUGGCAGGCUCCGCUGCCCACGCUGCUGCUGUCGGUAUCAGUCGAGCCAGUGCCCCACUGGCCUGUGCUGCGGCCACUUCGCUGACCUCCCCGAGCAUCACCGCUGCCUCUCUGGAAGCCGAGCCCAGUGGACGGACAGUGACCAUUCUCCCUGGACUUCCCACGUCUCCAGACGGCUCUUCAUCAGCUUGUGGGAGCGGUUCAGCAAGCAAACCAGACAAGGACAGCAAGAAAGAAAAAAAGGGGUUAUUGAAGUUGCUGUCUGGUGCCUCCACCAAACGGAAGCCCCGAGUAUCCCCUCCAGCAUCGCCCACCCUGGAAAUGGAGCUCAGUGGUGGCGAGUUGCCCCUGCAGGGAGCUGUGGGUCCUGAGCUACCCCUUGGGGGAGGCCACGGUCGAGCAGGCUCCUGCCCCGUGGACGCGGAUGGCCCAGUCACCGCGGCACCAGCAGGGGCAGCCCUGGCCCAGGAUGCUUUCCAUCGGAAGACCAGCUCCCUGGACUCCGCAGUGCCCAUCGCACCACCUCCUCGUCAGGCAUGUUCCUCCCUGGGUCCUGUUGCAAAUGACUCUAGGCCUGUUGUUUGUGAAAGGCACCGGGUGGUGGUUUCCUAUCCUCCUCAGAGUGAGGCAGAACUUGAACUUAAAGAAGGAGAUAUUGUGUUUGUUCAUAAAAAACGAGAGGAUGGCUGGUUCAAAGGCACGUUGCAACGCAAUGGGAAAACUGGCCUUUUCCCAGGAAGCUUUGUGGAAAACAUCUGAGGAGACAAACACUGGGGAGACUCAAAAUCACAUCACACAACAAAAGAGCACAAAGCAGUUUGAUGGAAAGAGCACAUCUGUGGACUUCGAAGGGUCAGGAGCUGAGCAGAGGGUUGGUAUGUGGCUCCAGAGCCUCAGCACAGCCACACCAGCCAGCAGAGCAAAGCCGGUGUCUAGGUUUCACCACUCAGUUGGGAUUGUAAGGUGUGCCUUGUACUGAGCAACCUUUUUUGUUUUUGAAAAAUGUAUAACUAAAAUGGACAAUUGUUUACAA